UUUGGUUCCACAACAUGAGCUGCUUCUCAGGGUUUAUUUCCGAUGUAAGAUAAAGUGAUCUGAAAAUGUGACCGGAAAACUGUCUUUUUUUUCUUAUUGUCGUUUUACUAAAGGAUUGAGGAGGCGACUGUGUAUCUGUGCCGUGUGGGUCUGAAGCUGAGCUUCUGUAGAGCUGGGCUGUAAAUGCGUCAUGUCCCUGAACUGCCUCCCUGGUAUGGAAACAUCAGCAAUCUCUGUACUCAAGAGAGCUGUGGAGCUCGAUCAGAGUUCACGCUUUCAGGAAUCUCUUGUGUGCUACCAGGAGGGCAUUCAGUUACUACUAGAUGUGCUGAAAGCAGUUAAAGAUGACUCAAAAAAAGUUCACUACAGAGAGAAGAUCAAAGGUUACAUGGAUCGAGCUGAGCAGAUCAAAGAUCACCUGAACAAAGUCAAAGAAGAGGGCAAAUACCAUGAGCAAAUUAAAAUUACAGAAGAUGCCACUGGUUUCAGCUAUGAGACUCUUUUCAAGCCAUACAUCAAGGAAGGGCUUGCUGAAGUCUGGGUUGAGGAUCCAUACAUACGUCAUGUGCACCAGCUGUAUAACUUCCUGCGUUUCUGUGAGAUGCUACUGAAAGCGAAAUGUAAUGUUAAGAAGAUUCAUCUCCUGACCUCACAAGAUGAAGAUAGCUCCUCUCAGCAAGUCAGUGCACUAGCAGAAAUAAAGCAGUCUUUGCAAACUCAGAAUGUCUGUCUGGACAUUAAGUACUCCUCCACUAUUCAUGAUAGGGAGAUCAGGUUCGAUAAUGGUUGGAUCAUUAAGAUUGGCAGGGGGCUUGAUUACUUCAAGAAACCUAAGGGCCGCUUCUCCAUUGGCUACUGUGACUAUGACUUAAGACAGUGUCAUGAGACUACAGUAGAUGUUUUUCACACAAAACACACAAAAAAUAUGUGACCAAAAACAGUGCCCUCAUUCUGUACUGCA